AUGGAUUUGAGGCUAGGUAGAGGAAAAGGAAGAGUCUUUGGAGAAAGAAAGUUCGAUUCCAUUAGUGGUAGUUCAUCAAGAACAGAUAAUAACGAAGAGGUUUUGGUUGAUAAUUAUGUUAAUGUUAGGGAGGGGGUUAAGGGUUUAAAACUUGACCAAAGUGGUGCAGCAAAAGAAACUGAGUUUGUUGAAAAAUACAGUCGAAAUUCGCAAUUCCCUAUUGAUAAUUGGAUCUCUGGAAAUGACCUUGACAUGAACAUGAGUAGGCUUUCGUCUGUAAAUUCAAGUGUAGGAGAUAUUUCAACCCAGUCAAAAUAUAUUGCUGGGUCAUUAAGAUCAAGGGAAAGCAUGGACCAGUGGGGUGUAGAAAGAGAUCGGUUUGAGGGGUAUUAUGCAAGCCCCAGGGUUGUUGCUGAGCGUGGAAGAGUUCCAAUAUCUGCUUAUCCUGACGAGGGACCUUCAAACUAUGAGCUUGAUUCUUUUCAGGGUCAUGGUGGGCAGAAGUAUAGGGGUGAUCUGAGUGAAGUUGAAAAUUUAGAACAGGAUCGAGCUGAGCUUCUUAGGAAGUUGGAUGAGUUGAAGGAGAAACUUAGCAGAACUUACGAUGUGGCAGAUAAACCAAGGGAAAUGGUUCCUAUAGAGAGGAGUAGGACACCGCCUGAUCCUUAUGGUGACCGGUUAACGUAUAAUCUUUCAAUGCAGCCAUAUGCUGUAGACAAGCCGAUGCCAAGACCUCCUCACUUCAACUACAGCCAUGGACCUGUUCCUUUUAUGGAUCAUGAUAGCAUGGAUAUGCAGAACUUCUAUCCUCCUCAAGGGCAUCCCUUGAAUGUGAUUCCAGAAUAUGAGGAUCCAUCUCAGCUACAGAUGAAAAGGAGGCCUCCCCAUCAUCCACCCCAAUAUCCAAGACCACCACCUCAUGAAUACUUUAUGGCGCAGCAGCACAUGGAUUUCAAUCUGCAUCCACUUGCAUCAUAUCACCAUGAGAAUUUUUUUCACUCGCCUCAAUGCUCUUGUUUAAGCUGCUACAACCAGAAUUCUGCACUUCCUCCCCAAGUUCCGCUCACUGAUUUUGGUAAUAAAGGGGUUCCAAAUGUUCCAAGUAGUUUGAAUUCCUAUCAUUAUGUCAAUCCUGCAACAUUGCGGCUGCACAAUUAUAAUCCCCGAAAUGCUAGUCUUCCUCCAUUCCACACAAGAUGGCAAAGUGACCUUGCUUCUGACGAUGAUGGUGAUAGACAUCCAAGAAGACCGACGGCAGUCAAUAGGCAUGGACGGAUUUUCCAUCCUGUAGCAGGUGGUGCCCCAAUCAUCACAUGCUUUAGUUGCUUUGAAUUACUGAAACUGCCGAGAAAACUUAACAUGACAAAUAAGAAUCAGUCAAAACUGCGCUGUGGUUCCUGUUCAACUGUAAUCUCACUUGAAAUCAAGAACAAGAAGCUUAUUACUUCUGCUCCUAAAGAAUCCAACCAAUUAUCUCCUGAGAUUGAUCCAAGUUCUAAUGAGGUGUUAAAGGGAAGCGUUUUAAGUUCUCACAGUAGUCAGAAUGCAGGUGACACCAACUUCUGCUGUGAUGAUUUAGAUAAUUCUGGUAAUAACUUGCAGUCCAUAGAUACCAAAGACAGUCCACUCGCAGAUGACCAGAGGCGGAACUUAGAUACAUCUGAGAAAAUGAAAUGCCUUUCUUCUUCAUCUUCCAUCCCUUCCAAGGAGGAAGAGGAGAUCUCAGAUAGUGUGAUUGCUCAUAGAAAUGUGCCUGACUCUGCUGAGCUGCCAACAAAAGAUUCCUUUUCUCCAGCACGUCCCGGUUCGCCUCUUUGGGAGCAGUCUGAUGAUAGUCCUUCUAAGCAUGCAGUAAGCAUAGAUGGGAAGGGAAACAAGAGUAAAUGUAUUGACCAAGACAAGGUGCUCUUUAGUAAGAUCACAUGUGGACAGAAUUCUGUGAAAGAUAGGUCAGUGGAAACUGAGGUGGAUGCUUCUUUCAAUGAAUAUCUCAAUACCAGCAUGUCUCAAGACUCUGCACAGGGAAGCAAAGAUGAAGAUCGACCCAAAAUUGGCAGGGGCGCUGAUUCCUUCUUGGUGGGUCUCAUCAAAAAGAGCUUUAAAGAUUUCGCGAAAUCUAAUCAAGCAGUGGAGAGAACAAGGCCUAGUGUUUUUAUUAAUGGGCAACCUUUGCCAGAUCAUGCUGUUAAAAAAGCCGAAAAGCGUGCUGGCCCAAUUCAACCUGGAGAUUACUGGUAUGACUUCAGAGCCGGAUUCUGGGGCGUGAUGGGCCAAACUUGCCUUGGAAUAAUUCCUCCGUUUAUUGAAGAAUUCUACUACCCCAUGCCAACAAAUUGUGCUGCUGGCAACACAGGUGUCUACGUAAAUGGGAGAGAGCUACAUCAGAGAGAUUUGGACCUACUUGCAAGCAGAGGACUACCAACUACAAAAAAUAAAUUUUACAUCAUUGAAAUUUCUGGGAAAGUUACGGAUGAGGGCUCAGGGCAAGAGCUAGGUAGCCUUGGCAAACUUGCUCCCACAAUUCAGAAGGCAAAGCAUGGAUUUGGCAUGAAAGUCCCCAGAGUGGUUGUGUAA